AUGGCUGCAGCAGCACAGCAGGAUGAGACGUCCCAACCACAGCGCACGGGCCUCAUGAGGAGGAUCACGGAGCUUUUCACCUGGCGGCUGGCAAAGACGCUGGCCAUGGGUCAGGGCCUGGCAGCGCUGGUGUGCGGCACGGCCGUCACCUCGCAGUACCUGACCUCCGUCUUCCACGUGGAAACGCCCAUGCUGCAGAGCCUCCUCAACUACGUGCUCCUCAGCGCCACCUAUGCCCCCAUGCUGCUCUGCAGGCCAGGUGAUAUUGUGAGGAGGCGCUGGUUCCAGUACCUUCUGCUGGGCCUGGUGGAUGUGGAGGCCAACUACGCUGUGGUCAAAGCCUACCAGUACACCACCAUCACCAGUGUGCAGCUGCUGGACUGCUUUGUGAUCCCAGUGGUUAUGGUUCUUUCGUACUGCGUUCUGAACACCCGAUACCGGCCUGUCCACUAUGUGGCGGUGUGCAUCUGUCUGCUCGGUGUGGGCGCCAUGGUGGGGGCUGACCUGCUGGCCGGACGGGACCAGGGGUCCGCCUCCAACAUGCUGCUAGGUGACGGCCUGGCCCUGCUGAGCGCCACGUGCUACGGCGUGUCCAACGUGUGUCAGGAGUACACGGUGAAGAAGCACAGCCGCGUGGAGUUCCUUGGCAUGCUGGGCCUCUUUGGCGCCGUCAUCAGCAGCGUGCAGAUGGUGAUCUUGGAGCGCCACCAGGUGGCCGCCAUCCAGUGGAGCUGGCAAGUGGCCCUCCUCCUGGUGAUCUUUGUGUCGUGCAUGUUUGCCUUGUACAGCUUCAUGCCCGUGGUGAUGAAGAAGAGCAGCGCCACGGCGGUCAACAUGUCCAUGCUGACCUCUGACCUCUUCAGCCUCUUCUGUGGCAUCUUCCUCUUCCACUACAGCUUUUCUGGACUGUACCUGGUGUCGCUGGUGGUCAUCCUCAUUGGCUUCACAAUCUUCAACGCUGUGCCCACACCCACAGGCCCCGCCCCCACCCCCUCUAGCGAGGAAGAUUGCCACACCAAACAGGCAGUGUGUGAGGAAGAGGAGCAAAGGGAGAGGCAGAGCACUGAUGUACUCUGCACUCGAAUGUGAACAAGUCGCUUACGUUAAACGUUUAUUACUUUCAUGUUCAUUACAUGUCAUUCAUUGUCAAA